UAAUUUAUUUUUAUCUCUACCUAAAAAAAUUUAAAUUUUAUUUCAUUUUUUUGGUUGCCACACUGCAAAAUCUUGUUGGUCAAAUAUCUAGAUGCAUAACUUUCACUACUAAAGGAGAAAUUAAAAUAUGAUUCAUCUAGCUAAUCGUCCCCCAGCUUACUGACAACAGCAAGGUUCUUUAAUUCUUGGUUAAUGAUGGACUGGAUGAGCAUGAACCAUUGUCUCUGCAUCAGGCUCGGCCCUGAGAACGAUUUCUACAAUUUAUCCUCGCUUGCACUCCCCAUUAAUAUCAGCAAACUUAAAAGCCUGUCCACCUGUGACCAAAAAAGAAAAAGAAAAAAGCCUGUCAACUAAAAUGAAAGCUCUACAAAGAGCACCACUAAUUACCUAACCAGAAAAUAGACCCUACUAUAAUGACCAUUGCACCAACUAAGACCAUCCUAUCCAGGCUAAGGAUGUCUCCACGCAGGGCCUUCUCUUACACCACCUCCACAUCCCAUCAUUCCCACAACCAAUUCAUUGCCCUCCUCAACCAAUGCACCACCUUCCACCAGCUCAAACAAAUCCAAGCGUCCAUCACCACCUCAGGCUUCCACACCAGCCCUUUCCUCACCGGCAAGCUAGUAGAGACCCUUGCGCUCAGACUCAACCACCACAAAGAGGCUCUCCCCCAUGCCAUGCUCCUCUUCUCCCACUGUCCCCAUGCUCCCAACCUCUUCACCUGGAACACCCUCAUCCGAGGUCUCUCCCUCGGCUCCGCCCCUCGUGAUGCCCUCCUCCUGUUCGCGUUAAUGCUCCAGACACCUUCGGUCAUGCCCGACGCCUUCAGUUAUGCCUCUGCACUCAAGGCUUGCGCCCGCUCUCAUGCUCACAGGCUAACCAAAGCAAUCCAUGGCCUCGUAAUAGUGAAUCGAAACCAAUCGAACAACUACGUUGCUAACACUGCGUUGCAUGCCUAUGCCUCAUGCGGCGACGUUACUUCUGCAAGAAAAUUGUUCAACGUGGUUCCCUUUUGGGAUGUCGUUGGUUGGAACGCAAUGCUUGCAGGUUACGUCCAAAAUGGCCUUCCGGUUGAAGGUUUAAAGCUGUUGUAUCGGAUGUGGUCAAAGGGCGUCGAGCUGACCGAUGUGACUGUUAUCACUGCCCUUACGGCGUGUGCUCAAACGAAAGAUCUUUGUUUUGGGGGGCAGAUUCAUGGGUACGUUGGCAAAAGGACCAUGCAAUUCGAAAGGGGGAUCAAUGUGGGCACUGCUCUUAUCGACAUGUAUGCGAAAAGUGGGCACUCGGAAUUGGCUAGACAAGUGUUUGAUGAGAUGAAGAGAAGGGACAUUGGUGUUUGGAAUGCUCUUUUAGGAGGCUACGUGUGCAAUGGUUGGUUUGCUGAAGCUUUACAAUUUUUUGAGGAAUUGCAGGCAUCAGGGCUUAGACCAGAUGAGCCAACAUUGGUUAGUGCAUUGUGUGCUUGUGGACAUCUGGGAGCGCUUGAUGUUGGAAAGACAAUCCAUUCAUAUGCAGAAGAAAGAUUUCCCCACUUUGAUCCAAUACUAGGAACAGCUCUGAUCGAAAUGUAUUCAAAAUGUGGGUGGAUUGAGGGAUCUCGAGAAGUGUUCAGUAAGAUGGAGAAGAAAGAUGCCAUGGCAUGGACCUCGAUGAUCAGAGGGCUUGCGGUUCACGGAUAUGCCGAGGAUGCACUCGAGCUGUUUUCCUUGAUGCAGAGGACUGGUCUAAAGCCAGAUGGUGUCACCUUUGUGGGUGUCCUAUGUGCUUGUAGCCAUGCUGGUUUGGUUGAGGAAGGCUUGCACUACUUCAGGUCCAUGAAGAAAGACUAUGGCAUUGCUCUGAGAGUUGAGCACUAUGGAUGCAUGAUUGAUCUUUUUGGCAGGGCUGGCCGGCUACAGGAAGCUUUUGAGCUGGUAGACUCAAUGGAAAUACACGUGAAUGCCAUAAUUUGGAGGAGCCUUCUCAGUGCUUGCAGGAUGAAUUUGGAUGUUGAAUUGGCUGAGAUUGCAGUUACGAAUUUAAUGAAGCUAAGAUCUGACCAUUGUGGGGAUUACGUGCUCCUUUCUAACAUAUAUGCGGCAAGGGGGAGAUGGGAUGACGCAAGGACAGUAAGGGAGCAGAUGAAGAAAGGGCAGAUAAAGAAGAAGCCUGCUUUUAGCUUGAUUGAAUAAACUGAGCAGUUGGCAAAGGGAGGCCCUUUAUUUUCCAAAGCUGAUCACCAUGCUUGGAUUCAGUGUAAAUAUGACCGGUUAUAUCCAUUAGAACAAUGAACAACUCAAAUUCAGUGGUCCAGCUGAAAUCAUGGACUAGAAAUGGGGUUUCAGCAACCAAUAUCAACAGUCUUAAAACAUCUGCUUGCAAGCUGUGUUACCAUGCUCAGGAGUUCAAUGAGCUCAAGGAGAACUGAUGAAAAACCUGCACUUUCAAGAAUAAUUAUUUGGAUGCUAUCACUUUUCAACAAUCCUUAUCAAAAAGAUACCAGUUUGAUGUCAACAAGGAAAUAAUGGCCAUUGGCUUUGUUGGGAGUGCUUGACUGGCUAUGCUGCAAAAGUUAUCAGGAGGUUGAUGUAUUAAAAUAGUUACCCAUAGUAGUUCAAGCAAACCUUGCUGUUCCUUAAAAUGCAGGAUGCUGAAACAUCAGCAAGAAAAGCUGAAGCAGCUCAUAA